GGAGAGAAUAAUGUUUGCGAUUUAUAAAGAACCCGUCAAUGUUAAGAAACUGUGAUAACUUUUCUGUCAACCGACAAGUGCCUAGAUCCAGCCAAGGGAACAAUGGCUUGCGUGAUAUUCGUUUUUAUCGGAGUUUUAACACCUAUUUUCGCAGUAGAAUAUAAUAACUUGGCUGACGUACCAUGUGGAGUAGCAUCGCCAAUUUCACGCAUGCCGAAAGUCGUGGGAGGUGAGAAUGCACUACCACGUGAAUUUCCUUGGCUGGUGAGCAUUACAAGAAAAGGAGGGCACUACUGUGGAGGAUCUAUCAUAAACUCAAAAUUUAUUCUUACAGCUGCUCAUUGUUUAUGCUCUGGCACUGACUCUAUUCCUGCAAGGCAAUUUCGAGUAACACUGGGAGAGUACAAUUUACGAGAACCUGAGAUUCCUGCUGCUAUAAUAGAAAAUGUACAGAGAGUAAUAGUACAUCCAGAACACACGUGUGGGCAAUAUGUGAAUGAUAUCGCUAUUCUUGAAUUAGAGUCACCAAUAACUUGGUCAGCAAGUGUACAACCGGCGUGUUUUCCGACAGUUCAAGGAGAACCAGGUUAUAGAUUGUAUGAAAAUGAACCGGCUAUUGCUGCUGGGUGGGGAUGGCUCGGUGAAGAUCGAUCAAAAUAUAAGCGAACAGAUGUCUUACAAAAAGUAGCAGUCAACGUUGUAAAAAAUGAAAUCUGCAAAGACUGGUACAAAGUAGAGGGAAAAAAAACACGGGUAGAACCUCAACAAAUGUGUGCAGGAUAUGAGUCGGGUGGUCGAGACGCUUGUUGGGCUGACAGCGGUGGUCCUUUGAUGGUCAAAAAUUUUUUAAAAAAAGAGGGGACUAUUGUCGUAGGGAUUGUUUCGUCAGGUGUUGGUUGUGCUCGACCGCGGCUUCCAGGCAUAUAUACUCGAAUAUCUGAAUAUAUGCCUUGGAUUAUUCGAGAAACAAAUUAAAAAUUUUAUUUCAAUUUAAACCUUGUUCAACCAGAUAUUUUAAUAUUACCAAAGAAUACGUAAUCUAGUCAUCA